UCAUGGCUGAACAUGGCGGCUGUCGGCGGUAAUCGUGCCGAUCGCUUUGGUAACUCUAAUUUCUCGAAGUCAUCCCUGGUUUCCCCGGAGAAAGUGCGCGAACUCCUAAAUGAAGGGGUGUCGUCGGUGGAUAACGCGGCCAACAGUCAAGCGGAUGCAAAGGACUCCGAAGCUGGGAGCGGCCAAGCACCAUGUGAAGCAACAAACAAAGAGGUUUUCUCCAGGGUGGAGUCCUAUUCAUGUCUGAAAUGGGCUGGGAAACCUCGCUCACUGUCCCCGCUCAUGUGCGCCCGAUACGGAUGGAUCAACGUGAGCUGUGACAUGCUCAAGUGCUCCAGCUGCCAGGCCUUCCUCAGUGCGACGUUACAACCAACUCUAGACUUUGAGAAAUAUGAGUCACGCAUUGCCGAAAUCUCCAGGCAACUUCAAACACAACAUGAAAAGUUUUGUCCUUGGCCAGACUUCCCAUGCCCCGAGCGGAUUUGGGUGGUUCCUGCCUGUGAGCCCUCAGCUCUUCUUGCCUCUUUCCUGGAGCGGUUUCACAGCACAUGUCUUCUCUCACAGCAGCUUCCAGCGCUGAAACCAGAGCAAUUAAAAUCUAUGUUGUUGACUGAAGAUAAUGUCAGUGUUAUAUUACAACUAAUAGAAGAAGAACAAAAGCGAAAAGGGGAGAGUCCUUGUUCUGAACCUUUGGCUGUUCAAGUGGCUGCAUGUAUUGUGGCUCUGUGUGGAUGGGCUGCAAGCCCGUCUCAGUGCACCAUGAACCUGCCCAUCCUCACCUGUUCAUUUUGUAAACGAAAAGUAGGCCUGUGGAAUUUUCAUCAAAUGGAGGAAGCAGCGGGGGACGUAGAGAAUACCCCAACCCCGGUGAGCACGUCUGGAUCAGGGACAACCAGCCCGGCUCUAGUCCCACCUGAGGGCCAAGGGGACGGUCCUUUUCAGGCCACUACUGCCACUACCCCCUGUCGCAUGAAACUGAGAAGUCAAGACACCACCCGCUUGGACCAGGGUGAAGGCGUGAAUAUGUCCCCUCAAGCUAUGCGCACCAAAAGUAGAGAUUCUUCCAGCCCCACUGAGGAGCUGCCGAGUCCUAGAGGAAAGAGACCUGCUACUCGGAGUAAAGGACAGGGAGAUAUACAGCCCACUGCCAAACGACUGUGCCUUUCAUCAGCUGGUCCUGAUGACCUGCUGCAAAAGACUAUAUUUGACCCCUUGGCCCAGCACAGAGACUGGUGUCCAUGGGUGGCCGUGGGUAAAGAGAAUGUAGACCCCGGUUCGACCUCUUUAUUGGACAGUGACUCCCCAUAUCAACAGGGCUGGAAAGCUGCUCUAGACCUGCUCAUACCACUGAAAAAGAACGGCAACGCAGCAGAUAGUAGUCCCGCACAGGCUCGUGACAAGUCUAAAAGAGUAUUUGCUAUAUUUCGACAAUGGCAGGUAGCCUCUCAAUCCCAGUAGAAGGUUUCAGCAGUGGAUUCAGAACUAACUUACUUACCCUCUUUGUGGUACACCGUCUGCAGUCAUUUUCAUCUGAAUGGGACAAAGAACUAUUUAGCCUGAGCAUUUUAAGAUUCAUCAGUGUUUGUCAGUAGGUUUUGUUUCAUGAGAAGCCCAGAAUGUGAAAGAUGACUGCUUUUUAAGGACAGUGGUGACAAUAUAUAAUGGCAUGCAGUGUCAUUGCACAAAAGGACUCCACACUAUUAUAUGGUUUACAUAUGGUAAGUAUUUGAGUUUGCAUUUUAGUUAUUAGGAAAUUGACUGUAAAGUGGUAGAGGUACUGCUGAAGUACGUUGCUUGAACCUGAAUAUCUUGUACUACCAAAAACUGUGAGAAUGUUUAAAUAUAGAAAAGCAGAUUGGAUUAGUUAGUCCUAUAUGACAAACUUUUCAAUAGUACAGACUGUAGAUUGUUACCAGCUGUGCCAUACAUUUCUGUUUCACACUGGAAUCGGGAUGCCUUUUUUUUUUUCUUGUCUUCCUGUGAUAUCAUUUUAAAUGCAGUCAUUUAUAUCCACUUUUGUCAUUUUAUAACUAUUUGCGGUUUCCUGAAUUUAAAAAUAAUAAAUAAUAAUGUAACAUUA